AUGUCUUCGAGUGGUGAAAACCCGAAUCGCAAGAGAAUGAGGGGCGACGAGAAUGAAUCUGAUAAUGAGGUGGAGAUUAUUUACACGUUGAAGAAUCCUGAUGAUGAAAAAAUAAACAAGUUUUUACAAGAAUGGAUACGAAGAAGAGAAAUGUCAAACGUUGAAGUAGUAGAAAAAAAUUCUGAGAAUCUUUCUAAUACUUCAAGUGAAAAUAGCUCUAAUGUUGAGUCUGAAACAAAUUUAAAGCAAAAACCUAACAAGAAGUAUCAGUUUAUGUUGAUUGCUCGGAAUAAUGGUACAACUUAUGAAGUUUAUGAAAUUAACAAUACCGAAGCAACAAAUGUGGAAUAUGUUUCAGUUGAUAAAGACAACAAUACGUUAAACUUUGGUAUGAAGGGUGAAAUUGAUAAAAAUGCAACGAUGAAACCUACAACGUCAACUGAGGAAAAUGUAUCCCCUCAAAAUCAUCCUUUAUCCGAUAAUCAUACCAGUACUGAUAAUGAUGUCAUAGCUAGUUCAAGCAAAAAAUUUAAAUCAAUUUAAUUUU